AUGAUUUCAUUAUUAAACGGAACAGGAUGUGCACCAUGCACUUCUGGGUGCAAGGUAGUUAUGGAUGAUUACAAGAACACAGGAAGAAUAGAAUAUGGUGUUUUUGUAGGCUAUUAUUCUGAAAGUGAUGAAAGUGAUUAUGAAGAUUCAGAACUUGGUACUUUAAAUAAGAAAGCAUCAAAAACCCAAGAAUCACUAAAUGCUGAGGAAAUGAUUUCCAUCGGGGAUGAAUUAGAUGAGGGAGAGGCAGACAUUAUCAAGAAAAUGUUUGAGGAGGCUUCAUCACAAGGAAAAUGCACAUUAGAAGAAACACGCCAUUUAGCACAUAGAAUGGGUCUGGCACCUUCUAAUACGGAUCUUGAGAGACUUAAAGAAGAAACUGGAGAUAAGGUAACUUAUGAAGAUUUUGAAAGAUGGAUUGUAUCUAUUACACAUCCAGAAGAUCAUAUUGAUUACAUGGUUUCAUACUUUAAAAAUUACGACUUGAAUAAAACUGGAAAGAUCUCAAGAAAGCAAUUUGUUUGGUUGACAAGUAUUGGCGGAGAUAUGCUCACUAGAGAAGAAGCUGAGGCUAUUCUUGACAAACUUUCUAUUGGAGGUGAUGUAUACUAUGAAGACUUACUCAAGAAAAUUAUGGAAAUUGAGGCCUCUGAUAAGCCAAUGGUAAAUAUUGGAAAUAAGAAAUCUGCACCUACAAAAAUGCCAACAUCUAAAGUACUUGUAAGCCAAGUUUCAACAACUAUAAGAGACUUGGCUGAUAGUGAGGCCUUCCUUCCCACAAUUGAUCUACUUAUGGCUUUGAAAGCAACUUAUGGUAAUGAAUUAACUGAUAUUGCUGCAAAAGAAGCCACGGAAUGUUGUGAGAAUCGGGAGGAAGCCGCUAAAUGUUUGCUUAAAUUCUACUCAGAAUGGGCACAAAAUAAAGGAAUUGUAUCUAGAAAAACUGUUAGGGAUCUUCUUAUGGUUUGGAAGGCUAAACUAGACCAGGUUAGUGCUGAAGCCUGGAUUACAAGUCUCUGUGGAACUAAUGAGAAGAUUGAUAUUCAAGAUGUUUUGGAAAAGGUAGACAGUAAAUCUAGUGAGUUAAAUUGA